GCUGAUUUGGCAGAGGGCGGCGGCCACGGCGGCCCGCAGAGGGGUGAGGUAAUUCAGUGUUGAGAACCGGCUUAUCUGCGGUCACCCGUCCGGCGCGGGGUCCUCGGCGGGCCCGAGGGAAGGCCCUCUUUGUGGCUGCAGUUGGCAAGAUGGCGCCGGUGGGGGUGGAGAAGAAGCUGCUGUUGGGGCCCGAAGGAAACGGGACCCCGGGCGCCGGGGAUUUGCCCAGCGAGGAGGACGAGGGGCAGAACCUGUGGUCCUCCAUCCUGAGCGAGGUGUCCACCCGGUCCAGGUCCAAGUUACCAGCAGGGAAAAACAUCCUCGUCUUUGGUGAAGAUGGUUCAGGAAAAACAACACUCUUGGCUAAAUUACAAGGAGCAGAGCACAGCAAAAAAGGAAGAGGUUUAGAAUAUCUAUAUCUUAACAUUCAUGAUGAAGAUAGAGAUGAUCACACACGUUGCAAUGUAUGGAUACUGGAUGGAGAUUUGUACCAUAAAGGCUUAUUGAAGUUUGCUGUUUCUGCAGAAACCCUGCAAGAGACUCUAGUCAUCUUUGUAGCAGAUAUGUCUAGGCCUUGGACUGUUAUGGAAUCUUUACAGAAAUGGGCCAGUGUUUUGCGGGAACACAUUGAUAAAAUGAAAAUCCCUCCAGAAGAAAUGAGAGACAUGGAGCAAAAGUUUGUGAAGGAUUUUCAAGAGUAUGUGGAACCUGAGGAAGGCUAUCAAGGCUCACCACAAAGGAGAGGACCUCUAGCUUCAGCACAAGACGGUGAACAUGUUACCUUGCCACUUGGAGACAACAUGCUCACACAUAAUCUUGGCAUCCCGGUCUUGGUUGUUUGCACAAAGUGUGAUGCAGUGAGUGUCCUAGAGAAGGAACAUGACUAUCGAGAAGAACACUUUGAUUUCAUUCAGUCACACAUCCGUAAAUUCUGCUUACAAUAUGGAGCUGCCUUGAUUUAUACAUCAGUUAAGGAAGAAAAGAACCUUGACUUGUUGUACAAGUAUAUUGUACAUAAAACAUAUGGUUUUCACUUCACCACACCUGCCUUAGUGGUGGAAAAGGAUGCAGUUUUUAUACCUGCUGGUUGGGACAAUGAAAAGAAAAUAGCUAUUUUACAUGAAAAUUUCACAACAGUAAAACCAGAUGAUCCAUAUGAAGACUUCAUUGUAAAACCUCCUGUAAGAAAGUUGGUCCAUGAUAAAGAAUUGGCAGCAGAAGAUGAGCAAGUAUUUCUAAUGAAGCAGCAGUCAUUCCUCGCCAAACAGCCAGCCACUCCUACAAGAGCAUCAGAAUCUCCUGCUAGAGGACCUACAGGCUCUCCAAGGACACAGGGUCGAGCUGGACCUACCAACGUCCCCAGUGCCUCACCAAUCACAUCGGUCAAGAAGCCCGAUCCAAAUAUUAAAAAUAAUGCUGCAAGUGAAGGAGUGUUGGCCAGCUUCUUUAACAGCCUCUUGAGUAAAAAGACUGGCUCUCCUGGAAGUCCUGGAGCUGGGGGAGUUCAAGGCACAGCCAAAAAGUCAGGACAAAAGACUGUUUUGACAAAUGUUCAAGAAGAGCUGGACCGAAUGACUCGCAAACCUGACUCCGUGGUAACAGCAAACUCUUCGACAGAAAAUGAAGCUUGAUAAUACUUAAAACAUACCUGUGUAAAUGACCAAAUAACUCUGUAUAUUGAUCUGACAAGACCAGGAUUUUUUCUGAUAUAGCCCAUGCUAUCAGUUUUUCUUGGGGCAGGGGAGAUUGAACUUUAAAAAAAAAAAAAAAAAACCACAUAUACACAACCAACCAACUUCUUUGGUUUGUCCAAGUGUAAAAUGCACAUUCAGGAAAUUUGCCUAGAAAAAUCCCUCUGUUUCAGAUAACCCUUUAGAGUUGAGAUAGGAUAGCCUUGGUGGGAAACGGGUAAAGCUACAUUUCUUUGACGUGGGCAACACCAAGGAGCAAACUGCAGAAUUUCUAUCCAAGUGAAGCUAAUGGUGACGUACAAGGACAGAAGGAGGGACCAACUUUCAGAUAGUUGCUAUAAUCCAAGCACUUAUGUGUUAACCAAUUCCUUUGUGCCUGGAAAGAACGUGCAGGUGGCAGCAGAGUCCAAGAGGGCGAAGAAGGCCUAAAGAGAGAGGAUGAGAUUGGAUACCUGGAGGAAAACCGAAUGUGAAUGAGAUGGAGGAAGACAGAAGAACAGUCAGUGUUAACCAAACCUUCUGUGUUCAGUAGGAGUCUAAUAAUCAUUGUUAAAGAUAAAACAGAGAAAAGUCUAAACUAAACACUAAACAUCAUCAUGGGAAUUAUUCUUGUCAUGAAUCAUGUCUUUAGUUUUUAAAAGAUGUAUAAAAUGUGGGAUUACCCUUCAGUGUAUCUGAUACAGGGGGGAAAUUACUCCAGCUUGCUUAGAUCCAAGUACCUGGCACAUUGUGGGGUGGCUUAUAAGGUACUUGGACUUAAUGUGCACUGUUUGCAGACAGUCACUGUUUGGCUUUAGUUUAAAGUGAAUAAUUAUGGAAUUAUUUAAUUUUUAAAUUGUAUUUUCUGAUAGUUAUUACUGCCUUGUUUUUAUUUUAUUUUAUUUUUUAUUUUUAAUACCAACAGGCUGGCCUAUUAAUAAGAGUAAUGGGUGGCAUUUCAUUUUCCCAUAAUGAAAUAUGCUACAGAAUGUUUUAAGAGAGAUUUUUAAUAAUUGCACUCUGGCUAUUAAGCUAGCAUGGGAUUCCUGCCUUAUGGUUAGUGGAAACCUUAAAAGGUUUUCUUUGUAAGAUUUUGCCCCAACUCACGUCUGCUUUGCAGCUAUUUAAGAUGGAGUAUCUCUGUGAGUAUUGCACAUUGGAAAAGGAGGUAAUUAUUUUCUUUUAUUUUCCUAAAAACGUAGCAUUUUUUCUUAUGGAAAGGUGGCUUUCAGUUGUCUCCCAACAUAAAACACAUACACACACAUAAAUAUAUAUGUGUGUGUGUUUGUGUGAAUAUAUAGAUAUUUAAGUCCAUAAUCACAUCACAUCAUUUGUGACAUAAAAGAUGUCUAUAGUUUUCAAGUGGCAUUUUUUAUUUCAUAAGUGAUAAAAUUCAUUUAAAUACCAAACACUACCAUGAAUUUCACAAAGUAUUUUUGUUGUCAAACUGAAGGGGGAAAAAACCACAAUUUUAAUUAUGCUAAGUUUACUUUUAUGGAGAGGAACUUGUUAGUUUUUACAAUGUCUAAGCAUAACCUCCCUGUUCCAUAUAUAUAUAUUUGUAUGUAUGUGUACAUGCAUAUAUGUGUAUAUAUGUGCAUACAUAUAUAUGUAUGUAUGUAUACAUAUAUAUAUAUAUAUCUAUAUAUCAUUACUUAUACCUUCCAUGUUAUCUUGACCACUAAUAGGAAUCCAGGAAUAAUUUUAAAUCCUGUUCUAUCAGGAGACUGAUCUUUAUUGUAUUUUUUAACUGUCUCAACACUGCUAACCAGAAAACUAAGAGCAUUUACUUGCCUCUGACAAAUGUUAACCCUAAAAGCCUUUUUCUUGUGCCAUUUAUAUUGUUGGGAAUACAGUAUAUGUUUUGUUUUGUUUUGUUUUGUUUUUAACAUUUUAAGAAAUUGUACUGUGGCCUCAAGUUACAAAGUUACCUAGGUAAACAAACACUUGUGAACUGACUGGAUCGAAGGUUGAUUUAGGAUGUCUUCAGAGGAAUACAUGCAGGGAGCAAGUGAAUAUUGGAUAGCCUUUGACCAUACCAGGAGUAGCCAUUGCUUCCUGUUCCAGGAGUAUCUGGAAAACUUUAGUAGCAAGAAGGAAUUUUUGAAAAUGCAUAUGUUUAUUAUUGUCAUAGUAUGGUUUUUUAAAUUAGUACAAUGAUAUUUUGUUUUGUUUUUUUAUUUGUCAUUUUAACUGAUAAGCACUUUCUGUAUCAAUCUAAUGUAUCUUCAUUAUUUGUCAUAAGAUUGAUGAAAAAUAUUGAGCAAUAGCUCUUAAUGUCCCAGUCUUGUAAAAGAAGGUUUCUCAUGGAACCAUUUUAUGCCAGUUCUUUGUUGCAAGUGAGUGCUCCUAGUGUCAGAAGAAACUUGUCAGUAACUUGGUGUGCUUGGUGGUUGCCAGGGUCAGCCAGCUUUGGGCAGCCGCCAAGUAUUUUUUUGUUCCUGUUGUUUUCCUGUUUUGGGUGUCGCCAAACAUUGGAACCAAAGGCCAAGUAGCAAGCAGCCUUUACUUUAUUUUCUCUGCGGAAUACGCUUGUGUGGUAGAUUGUUAAAAAACUCUUCUGUGACUAUUUACACAUGCGCAUUCUAGUGGGUACAUCUGCUGUUCCUGUUUAAAGCUGAAAAUGAAUCGUAGAGAUAACGGCCUAGAAUUGGCCUGUGGUAAGGACACUGCAGACAAGCUGCGUAAGUUUGGUUUUUCACUUAAAGAUUGCGCCGUUUCUAAUUGACUUCUUAAAAACCAACGUUUAAAACUGUCGUAUUUUAUUUAAUUAAGUGGGAAGUGACUGCUCUGUACAUCAUGAAUCUUAACAAUAUACACGCUGUAAUUCACUGUCCUGUACACCAAGUUUCAUCUAUCUUUUUUAACCUACAGUUAGAAUGGCAUAUUAUCAGCCACAAAUCUUAAUCCAGUUGUAUGGCUUUAACCAGGUGCAGUAUGCAGUCAUGUGGAAUCUCGCUUUAUAGUGCUGGCAAAACGGAGAUGUCUCUAAUUACUGGCUUCAAUAAACACGAAUCCAGACCGCUGA